AUGCUGGAGAACAUGUCCAGACGUAACCGCUCCCUGCUGUCACUGUCCCUCACCUCAUUGGCCCUCACCCUGUCUGUCUCGGCUUUCUGCACCUCCUAUUGGUGUGAGGGAACACACAAGGUGGUGAAGCCUCUCUGCCUGUCACCUGUAAAGCUGAAGAACUGCGGGCAGAACAACAGCCAGCCGUAUACCACAGAGGCCCCUACCCCGGACCCGAAGAACUCUUCAUCCAACACGACGCUGUCUGCACUGCAGAGGGAGGAGCUGGCCAGGAUAAAGACAAAGCAGCUGGCCAAUGCUGUCCAGUACAUCUGGGAGACAGGCGAGGACAAGUACAUGCUGCGUUACUUCCAUACCGGUUUCUGGCUCUCCUGUGAGAAGCACAAUGAAGGUGAUGAUCAGGAAGAAAAGUGUCGCAGCUUCAUAGAGCUGACGCCAGGAGAGACACAAGGUGUCCUCUGGCUUUCAGUCAUCAGUGAGUUCAUGUACAUCGGUCUUCUGGCCAUGGGCUUCCUGCUGAUGUGUGUGGAAGCGACUUGUCUCUGUGCCAAGAGGGAGAUGAACGCUCUCAAGAUCAAUGCUUAUGCAGCCAUGUGCACCGUCCUUUCAGGUAUGAUGGGGAUGGUAGCACACAUGAUGUACACCACAGUGUUUCAGAUGACUGUGAGCAUCGGGCCCAAAGACUGGAGGCCACAGAGCUGGGACUACGGAUGGUCUUUUGCGAUGGCUUGGCUGUCAUUCAGCUGUUGCAUGGCGGCCGCCGUGGCUACACUCAACUCCUAUACCAAGACCCUAAUCGAGAUGAAGCACCGGGCUAGGGUGAGGCUGGAGGAGUUUCGUGCUGCUGCCCGCGCCCCAUCUUAUGAGGAGGUCGUUCGAGCCGGUGGUGGAGGAGUUUACUCUGUCAGUCAGCUGAUUCAGCUCGGCCAGCACGGGGCGCUCAUUGACCCUCUGUGGCCCAGAGGACUGGGACCAGCUGUUGGACCUCUAGCGUGUGGCGCUGGGGGAGCGCUGCUUGUUGGUGGAGGAGAAAUUGGAGUUGGAGGGGUGGGAGCAAUAGGAGGAGUUGGAGGAAUGGGGGUAGGAGGGGUUGGCGUUGGAGGAAAUGGAGUUGGAAUGGGAGCAGUAGGAGGGGUUGGAGGAAAUGAGGUUGGAAUGGGAGGAAUGGGGGUGGGAGCAGUAGGAGGAAUGGGGGUAGGAGGAGUGGGAGGUACAGUGGGAACAUUGGGAGGAGUGGGAGGAGCUGGAGUGGGAGGGGGAAGACUAGUGGACCAUCACGGUAUGGUAGUAGUACAGAGAUGCUGCGCUGAAGGAUGUGAAGACUGUGAACGAGAGAUGGACGAGAUAGAUUAUGUUUUGCAAGAGAAUAGAGAAGACUCACUCUGCUAA